GGCGACUUUCCCAUACAUAUAAUCUACCAAGAAUGUACAUUUAUGUUGAAUUUAAUAUUGUGAUAUUCACACAGCAGUUGUCCUCGAGGCCGGUAUUCUAAACGUAGAUUAGAGAGCUUUGUUAACUAAGUGUCAAGCAUUCAAAAUAUUUGAUUUGAACGUUAUGGAAUUUAUUCAACAAUUCAUAUGAUAGCCUUUCACGAUCACUAAAUGUGAUAGUAUUGCAUUAUUGAAUUUUCCAGAAAUAAAACAUCAGUACUGUAGGUUGCCAGGAAAGUGUAUGAAAUGAAUUUCCAAACACUAAGAAAUUCCUUUACAUUUUUGUAGAAUGAAUGGACAAGGUUUGGAAGAAAGCUCUGACAUCUAUAGAUCGUUUGGGUUUUUCUGGUGGUUACAGACAUGUACCCUUCACAAAAGAACACAGCUCUAUCAGUUGAAGACAUCAUCAGUCAAGUUUCGCCAAUAUAAAUAUCUACCGCAAGCAAAUGAUUGGUUUCCUGAAAACCUGCGUUUAGAGUAUUACAUCACAGAGAUGUAUGCAAAGAGUUGCAAUCGACUCCAACUGCCAGGAAGUUAUAUGGAAUAGAUCAUUGCCACUCUAGGAGUAAUUCUAGAGUACACCUAAAGUAUGGUACCUCAGUAACAGCCAAAUCAUCAUCAUCUCUUGGCACCAUUGGUCAAAUGAACAUAUGUGGGGUAUGAUGGGAAGAAGAGAGACCUCUUUACCUUAUCCUCUACCAAAAUUAGCAGCACUUCGCAUUGAGUUUGGUAUGACGUAGCUCAUCAGAAGCACGCUACGAUAACUGUACGAGAAUGUAUGUGGCACUAGCUUAGUUCAAGACAUUAUUAGCGGUUUCUAGCGAUACAGUUAAUUUUUUUACCUAAAGAUUUUGUCAUGUUUUCCUACAAAAUUGAAAAAUGUUUAGUCAAUGACAUGGUAUCGUGUAUGAUCUAGUUAUCACAUUUACUAAACGUUUUUCCAGGAAAGUCAUUUUCUGUUUUGGGGAACAUGAAGUUGUUAAUGUUUUGACAGUCUAUGCCAUUAAAUAGGGAGAUUAUGUAUACGGAAAUUUACGUUUUUUGGAAAUUUUAUUGGUUCUUAAAAGUAUAAAAAAUUAGUCCUGACGCUACAUAUGUACGUGGUCCUCUUAAUCGGCAUACAUUAUUUCCGCGUGAAAAUAACUGCAUAAUCAUUACCCAUCAUCAAGAAUACUACCACGUAAAAGCAUGGAAAAUUAAUAUUUUUUUAUAAUUUGUGAUUUUUUUUUUUCAUUAUGAAGAUCAAGUCACUCCCAUCAGUCUGUCUAUUGGCGAUUUUGUCACCGAGUAAUUUCACCGAUUCUAAUGAAAGAGGAGAUGUAGUAGAUAAUACUAGUUUAUUGCAUCACUCCCUUUCCAUUAAAAUCGUUGCAACGAUUGCUGAUUCUUCCCAGUGACAAAAUGGCCAAUAAACAGACUGGUAGAAGUGAGCGACUUCCAUUUACAUCAUGAAAUAUCCGAAAAUAUUAGAUGUAUACUGACACGUACGCAACGUGCGUACAGCGCUGAGUCGCCGCGCGACAAUUUCGUAUACAUUUUUGACUUUCGCUCCAUACACUUGAAGAAUUAUUUUAUUUUCUACAUAAAAGAAUAAGAAUCUUGUUAGUUUAGCCAUUUUAAGCGAAAAUAUCAUUACAUUUAACUUUACCCCUAAUUUUCUCAUAACAUAUUUACUGUUUUAUAAAAGAAAAGUGAUGAAUUCAAUUCCCUACAAACGCGUUUCUUUAAAUGUCAGAAAAUGCUCCAGCGCUAUCAUGACGCCAAUUUGAAUUUAUCAUUAUUGCCAACAAAUUGUAGGAAAAAAAUUUAUAUGUCCUAGCCUACACCUCACUUUCUAAAACCCACAAAAAAUUAUUUGGCAUCCAUACAUUUACGUUAGAACAAAAAAUUACAUCAUUGCACCAUGCAAUUGCAUGCAUUUUUAUUUGUUUGUUGCAGAUUUAUUUAGCAUUAAUGCUACAAUAUUAAUUUUGUAUAAUUAUCC